AAAAACAGAUUCCAUACCCGUUUUCAACUCCACCCUUCUGUCUGUUGCCUCCGAUAACGAACUCCCACUGUUCCACAAAAAUGUCCCGAAACGGCGACGUAGAGGAAGAGAGCGUCGUCACUAGAACAAACAGACCAGACCCUUUCUUGGUAGCAUGCCGCUGCUUCAGCUUCCUCACCUCGCUCGCCGCCAUUCUCUGCAUCGCCGUCAAUGUUCUCUCCGCCGUCCGUUCCUUCAAACACGCAUCCGACAUUUUCGACGGCAUAUUCCGCUGUUACGCUGUUAUCAUAGCGGCUUUUGUGGUCCUCGCUGAGACCGAAUGGAGUUUCAUCCUCAAGUUCUCUAAGGUUUUGGAGUAUUGGGCUGCCAGGGGUAUGCUGCAGAUCUUUGUUGCUGUCAUGACAAGGGCUUUUCCUGACAUUACUGGGGAGCGAAGGAACCUUUUUCUUCUUCAGAGCAUAGCAAGUUAUUUGCUACUUGGCUGUGGCGUUAUUUAUGUUGUUUCAGGUAUCAUGUGCAUUGGUUUUCUUAAACGUGCCCGCCAGAAACAGGAGAUUACAAGAGAGCAAGCAACCAAGGAUCUCGAGGAAUUGGAACGGCGCAGGGAAGAACUUGAACAACUACUCCUUUCCGAAAGAGUUUAAAGCAUUUUAAAGUUGUGGUGAGCUGAUAUAAAUCGGUAGUGAUGAUUAAUCUACGGCAAACCAAUGAACCUCUGUUUAUCAGUAUUGUUUACAAAAUUGUUUGUUCAUUCUUUGUAACCGAGUUAUAUUCUUAGAUAUAGGCUUAUUAAAGGUGGGCUGUUGGCAUAUUCUUUGUAAAUAUAUAAAGCAGUAUUUAAAAUUGUC